AUGGAUCUCGUGAAUAUUUUUAGGUGCGAAACAACUAUUAAUAUCGAGAUCGACUGGUGUGCGGCGAACUUGGAGCGGCAACGGCGAGCGGAAAGGCAUCGGCGGAGUCGAGCGGCGUGCGGCGUGCGACGAGAGGCGAGCGGGCCAGCGGCAGACGGCAGUGAUUCGGAGCGACAACGCAGCUUCUUCCGGAAAGCCAUGGAUGCGGAGAAGAUGGAAAAGCUGAAGAUUCAAUUGCACCAGUUAUUGGAUCAAAUCCGUGAAUUUGUUUCUGAAAUCCCGCCAGCGCAGCUCAAUGCCGCAAUUGCAGUAGUUCUAGUGACUGUGUUUCUCUUCUUCAUCGUUCGCAUCUUCAAGCGAAAAUCAUCUAACACAGUUGUGCUUACUGGUUUGAGUGGAAGUGGCAAGACUGUUCUCUUUUACCAGCUUCGAGAUGGCUCCUCCCAUCUGGGUUCAGUCACAUCAAUGGAUCCCAAUGAAGAGACUUUUGUGUUACACUCAGAGACUACUAAGAAGGGAAAAGUGAAGCCUGUGCAUGUUGUUGAUGUCCCUGGGCAUUCUCGUCUUAAGACCAGACUAGACGAGUUCUUGCCUCAAGCGGCUGCUAUAGUUUUUGUGGUGGAUGCUGUUGAAUUCUUGCCAAACAUACGUGCUGCCUCAGAGUACUUAUACGAUAUUCUGACCAAGGCGAGUGUUGUCAAGAGGAAAAUUCCUCUACUACUCUUGUGCAACAAGGUUGAUAAAGUUACCGCGCAUACGAAAGAUUUCAUUAGAAAACAGCUCGAGAAGGAAAUUGACAAGCUUCGUGCGUCAAGAAAGGCACUAUCGUCGGCUGAUGUCACAAACGAGCACACACUCGGUGUGCCUGGGGAAGCCUUUGCUUUUCACCACUGCAUUAACAAAGUUACAGUGGCCGAUUCAUCUGGCUUAACUGGUGAUAUUUCCCAGUUAGAGCAGUUCAUCAGAGAACACGUAAAAGCUUAG